AUACGGCCCCUACAGCAGGCUAUGAUGACAUUUAAGAAGCUCCUCAAAGAAUCUAAUCAAAGGAUUGUAUGUGUAAAAGCUGGGAAAUGGUACGAGGAUUCAUGUCAAAGCUGUUGAGGAGACCAGUAAUGCUGAGAUAGAGGCCAGUAAAUCGGAAGACACCGGAAUGGUUCUCAAAUCUGUUUCAUCUGUAUGCUUGACAAAGACUGGUAAAACUUCCAGUCAAGCCCCUAGUGAACCAGAAUCCAAAAAGAGUAGUAGAAAUUCAAGUGGUAAAGUGUCGAUAGCAGAUGUAAUCACUUCCCCUUCACCUGUAAGAAGUAAUAGCAGUAGACGGUCAACCCUUAAAGCGCCGUCAAUAAAGAAGAACAAAAUAUCCCUCGUGCAAGUUAGUACUGAGAUAACAUCUGUCCUAUUGCGAAAAGAAAGACAGCUACGAGACCAUCUAUUCUUCCUUAAGUCGAUAUUCAAUGUUCUUAGAGCUUUACAUAAUCUUAAAGUGAGGGACAUUCGGUCAAAGGUGCCGUUGUCAAGGGAGGCCGUAGAAAGACUACAGAGGGAUCAUUUCAGAGAAGAAGAUUACAGUCGUGGAACAUACGUAUCACGUGGGAGAGGUACUCCAGCCUCUGCGCUGCAUGUAGAGGGUGACCAUGGGGACGGAUCACAUACAGCAGGUCGUCUGUCUAUAUUUAAUACAGCCAAGCGUGCAAACACUUUUGAUAAUGUUACUAAAAGUGUGUUUGGGAGAAGGAAGUCAAAGAACGUUGGAACAACGGAACGGCCUGCCCUCGAAACUUGGGAAGAUCUGUUGAAUGUGCAGCCGGAACCUUACAAGGAAAAACCGGGAUCGGGCAACAUUGGUUUCCAGAUGGGGGUCAUCACAAAGUUUAUGCGCUGGUACAGGAAAGUGGAGGAUGCGGUUGUGACUGAGAGAGAGAAAAGACGGGCUAGUAUAGUUCCCCAGCAUGGACCUAUAGACAACAUUCAUGAGAAAGGCACAGUGUCAGACAAAUCUGAAAAAGGUGAUAGAGAGAGUACUUACACUCAGCCACGGCCAGGAUCUGCAACACAGCCAACAGAAAAGGUGAAAAAACUUCCAAUAUGGCUGCAAGUUGCACAGGAGAAAUCCACAGUUUACCAAGAUGUCACUCAAAGUAUGCCCAAUCCAGAGACAACAGUUCAGAGAUGUAAACGGAAUUUAAACAAGGUGAAAAGAUCUGUACAAAAGGAAAACGAGGCACAAUUGGAGAAAAUUGUCAGAGAACGUUUGGCAACUUUCCGACUUAAGUUACUUGCACUUAACCAAGAGGAGUGCAGUCCCUUGUUUGAGAAAGAAAUACUUAAACUAGACGAUAAGAAGGGAAAUGUGAAACUAUUCCACCUGGAGAAUUUUGAUGUGCAGCCGUCAAAAUGGUACGAGGAAUUGAAGGAGCAGACUAUGGGUAUGAUGUCAUCGUACCCGCAGCCAGAGAUCGCUGACAUGCUCACCAAACUCCAAAUAUACUCUCACAUGGACAAUAAAACUUUGUCGUAUUCGAAGGCAAAGCUAUGUCUUUUGGUGAUGUCUCUACCAGCAUAUGAUAUCUGUCAAAUUUAUAUGCAGAAAGCACUAAAGUUUAUAUUUGAAAACAUCAUGCUUGGACAGGACACACAGUUAAACGAGUGGUUGAAUCACAGGAAGAUACCAAACGUGGUCACCACUGAUAUCUUUAGCAGGCCCGAGUCUCCGUUUACGGACCCUGACUAACCUACAAAAGACUGUUAAACACACGUACACUUUAAUAUUAUGAUAUUUCUAAUUUUAGCUUCCUUCUAGGAUAAAUAUAUUCAUGUAUAUCAUCACUAUCUAUUGUUGUUAAAAAAAUUAAAGUUUUGAAUAUUUA